AUGGAGAACUAUACCCCAAGGCUUAAAUAUGACAAAGUAGUGUGGGAAUUUCCUAUGGAGGGCUGGAUAAAAGUCAAUACAGAUGGGGCAUCAAGAGGGAAUCCUGGAAGAAGUUCUAUUGGUUUUUGUCUAAGGGAUGCAUCAGGAGAGGUGAAAUAUGCAAUGGGAAGGGAGAUUACUGAAGGAUCUAACAAUGAAGCAGAAGCUGUAGCAAUUUUAGAGGCAUUGAGAAUAUGCAGGAUUCUAAAUUAUUCUCACAUAUGGCUGCAGACAGAUUCUAUGCUGAUGAAGAAUUCUAUUGAGGGAACAUGGAAACCACCUUGGUUCCUUACUGCCUUGUUUAACCUGUCUAUUCUCACUGCUGUAUUCAUUGUUACUGUCAGUCAAGAAGAGAAGGACGAGCUCUUGCAUGAAGAUGGUGAUUUUAGGAUGUGA